AUUACAACCCAGCAUCAACACUUUUUAUAGAAAUUAGAAAAAUGUCAGGGAUCAAACAAAAGCUUAUGUCAGAGAUGUCAAUAAAGGAGGGGGUGAUCACGGUUGGUUUCUCUCCUCGAGGGCAUUUUCCAUUUGCAAUCAAAUCUGAUACCCAGUCCCAUCAACAGACACAGUAAGAGAGAGGAGAACAACAGGAACACAUUUAGACAGAUAAGAAGCCCAGUGAUCCCACAGCAAAAGAAUGAAUCUGCGUCAAACAGACAAGAGAAAGAAAGGAUCUACAAAGGAACUGAGGGUGAUGGUGGUUGGCAGCAGCGGACCCUCUCAGUUCCAACUAACCAAUGCUAUAAUUGGAAGGGAGGUGUUUUUGAAGGACGUUAGCAGUAUUUCUGCCAGCGUGAAGAACAAGGGGGAGCUGGCUGGCAGACCUGUGGCUGUGGUCAACAGCCCAAACAUCUACGACAAGGAUUUAUCCCAGGCAAAGAGGGAGAUGGAGCUGAGGAGGUCCAUGUGCCUCUGUAUACCCGGCCCGCAUGCCUUUCUUGUUGCCUUUGACAUGGAAACGAUCUCCCUGAACGACAUGAAAACUCCCAGAAUACUAAAGAAACGCUUCGGAGCACACUGUCUGAAACACUGCAUGGUUCUCUUCGCUUAUGAAGGAAGUCUGGACAGAGCUGCUUUGGAGAACCGKGUGAAGAAGACGGAGUGGUACCUGAGGGAGCUGAUCGAGAAGUACGGCGGACGCUUCCACGUCUUCAAAAAGAACUGGAGGGAUCGAAGCCAGGACAAGGAGCUGCUGAAGAAGAUUGAGUUGAUGGUGGCCUCGUUGGGAGGGGGACACUUCUCCAGCAGAACUUUUCAAAAGGCAGAGGACAGCGUGAAGAAGGAGGAGAGGAGGCUCAAGAAGCGGAGAGCAGAGGAGAUAGAGAAGACCUGGAAUGAGAUGGAGCAGCAGCACCUGGCCAAGGAGCUGUGCUUCCAGAAGGACGCUUACAUGGCCCAGGUGGGUGCAGAGAUCCAGGCCAAAGCAGAGUUGGACAARGGCUGGCUCCGGACCUCCCUGGCCAGAGGACUCGGAACAGGCUUGGUUGUCGGCGCUGUGAUGGGGACACUUUUUGGUUGUAUCGAGGGGCCAGGAGGGAUGGUGCUUUACGGCUUCAUCGGCGGCGCCGUAGGAGCGUCUGCAGGAGGAACCGCUCAGGUGGCGAUAAAGCACAUAGAGAACAGGGUGACCUCACCUCUCAGCUUCAACUUCAACUCUAUCUUCAUCAACCGCUUCUUUGUGGCUUCUCGCACACGGCAGCAAAAAGAAACAGUGUCCAGGAUCUGAUCUUUGUUUUUAACCAGUGGUCUGUGGCUAUCAGGCUCAUUUAAUUUGUUCUUAUUUUAUAUAAAACUCUCYUGUUUUUAAAUCAUGUCUGUCAUAGUUAAGUGUAGUAUACCUCUAACUCUAAACAGUCACAGGAUUAAUGAAGAACUAUUAAAAUAAAACAAAUUGUAAAUGAUUUUAUUUAAAUAAAAACUUUUGUCGU